CAGACAUUAUGAAUAAAUAAUUUGAUUAUAUUUUCUAUCUGGCCCAAGGACUAUAACCAGAGGGGGACAGUAUAAAUAUCUCUUUUCACCGGCAAAUCUAGUCAUUACACAUAAAAAUUUGUUGGUGGCUACGAAAACAAAAUGAAACUCCAAUCUGCACUUUGUCUUGUGAUCUUCAUCGUCCUUGUGAUCCUUAGCGUGGUGUACGGUGCUCCGUCCAAGGGAUCAACCAAGGCAUCUCUACAGAAGAAACCAUGUCUAAAGGACUGUAGUGGUGUUGACUACAAGCCAGUAUGCGGUGGAGACGGAACCGGAAAGGGAGACAAGAGCUUCGGCAGCGAAUGUGUGUUGGGUAACUUCAACUGCGAACAUUCAACUACUCUGAAAGUGGUCAAACAAGGGGAAUGUCCAGGAGGUGGCAGCAUCCGUCUUCAAUAAAUAAAUAAAUAUAAUAAUAAUUAUAAGACAAAUUCUAUAUAAUGAAUUUAUUUGAACUAUUUGAUCAAUAAAAACCUAAUAAAGGA